GGACUGAUGAGGAUGAAGCGCCCUCUUGGAUGAAUCGGAGCGCAUGGGAAGGAUGCUGCUCUCACUAGGAGCAGGUGUAUUCAGCCCAGUGGAGGCGCAGGGCACAAAGCAGGAGCGACGCACAACAGCCACCGGACCACAACACCUGCUCCAAAGGAAAAACCCCUUCAUCCUUAGACAUGCUGCUGGUUAACGAGCUCCUUCUCCUCAAAAUAACUGGAUUUUUGUCUUGCACUCUAUGUGGGGUAACAAGGAGAAUGUGGGCACCGUGAAACUGAUGGACGCGCAGCUCAUUUGGAAAAUACUGUAGUGACAAAAAAAGACUAUUUGCUACUCAUAAGGCUGCUUCACUGAAAUCAAUCUCGUCUUAUCAAGGACAUAAUCAUCUGCAAGGAUGCCCGGAGCACUUUUUUCAGCGGAGACGCUCUACAUAGGAAUGGAGGUGGUGAUUGCACUGGCGUCUGUAAUCGGGAAUGUGAUGGUGGUUUGGGCGGUGAAAAUUAAUAAAUCGUUGCGAGAUACCACGUUUUGUUUCAUCGUCUCCCUGGCUCUGGCGGAUAUUGCGGUGGGAGCCCUUGUCAUCCCUUUGGCCAUUACCAUCAGCAUCGGACUCCAAACUCACUUUUACAGCUGCCUGCUCGUGGCGUGCACAGUGCUGGUGCUGACGCAAAGUUCAAUUCUUGCCCUCCUGGCCAUUGCAAUUGACCGCUAUCUCAGGGUCAAGAUCCCCACCAGGUACAAGCAGGUGGUGACCACUCGGCGAGCAGGCCUGGCAGUGGUGGUAUGCUGGAUGGUGGCUUUCAUAGUGGGACUCACACCUAUGUUAGGCUGGAACAACCUGAAGCGCCUCCAGCAGAAUGGCUCCAUCAGCUCUGACCUCAUUAUCACCUGCCAGUUCGAAAAUGUCAUCAGCAUGGACUAUAUGGUCUAUUUCAACUUUUUUGGCUGGGUGCUGCCACCGCUGGUCCUGAUGCUGGUCAUCUACGCAGAGAUCUUCUACAUGAUACACAAGCAACUUAAUAAUAAGAAGUUUACCACCAGUCACGCAGACCCCAACAAGUACUAUGACAAGGAGUUGAAUCUUGCUAAAUCAUUGGCUCUGGUCCUUUUUCUCUUUGCCAUUAGCUGGCUCCCCCUUCACAUCAUUAAUUGCAUCACACUCUUCUGUCCAGAUUGCCAGAAGCCUAUAGUCCUCCUCUACAUUGCCAUCCUGCUCACACAUGGCAACUCAGCUGUCAACCCAAUUGUCUACGCUUUCCGCAUUAAGAAGUUCCGCACAGCCUUCAGGAAAAUCUUGCAGCAAUACUUCUGCUGUAAGGACACACCAGCCCUGGAGAUUCAGCCCAGUGACAGGAAAGAGAUGCCCAUUAUAGAGCCACAACAGGCGACACCGCCACAACCCCCUCAGAAGAAAAUCCUAAAUUCAGAUCCAACACAGCAGCAGUCGCAGCAGGAGCAGAGGACCGGACCACAGCAAGAACCCAAAGAACAUCCGCCCUUACUGGAACAGAACGCAGUCUAAGCCAAGGAACAAAGCUGAUUUCUUGCUGGGAAAGUAAUACACAGUGUACGAGUAUUGGUUCACUCCUCAUUUGAAUGGAGUCUAAUGAAGAACAUGAAGUGCUACAAUGCUCUAGUGACUGAGGUGACUUCGAUGAUAAAUCCCAAACACUGGAAGAUCAUUCAUGGUUACUCAUGAGGAGUGGAUUUACUGAAAGUUGGGCCAUAGCUAAAAAAAAAAAAAAAAAAAAAAAAAAAAAGAAGGCAAAAAGGGUAUCUAUAAACUUGCAAUAAUAGAAGGCUUUUUGACAGUGACUAUAUAUCUUAGUAAGAGACUGAAGACAUUAAGCUUUAUUUUUUCUUUAUGGUCAAACAGUUGGUGUGAACAUUACAAAGUGUGCAAUAUAAAUUAUUGUGGUUAAUCAGUAUCAAAUGUUAUAACUUGCUUUAGAGCGAGCGUUCAGAAAGAGCAGGUUCUUCUUAUUACUGUAAUACUGUGUGUAUGUUUAAACUGACAGUGGCUGAAGAAUAUGAAUGUAAGAAUAAUGUAAAUAAGGGACUAUAGCUGCACAGCUGAACACUCAUCUCUUCUUCAGGGUCUUAAUCGCACAACAGUGGUAGAGCAAAUGGCACUAUGGGAGAAAUUUCUGCAGCACAGUGGUAUGUAUGUGCUGAUAGAAGGAUUUUGUAAUCUUUUAACUCUUCUCCACUGAGGCUGAGUCUCUUGGUGGUCCAGCAGCGCUGAUCCAUUACAGAGGAGAUGGACAGGGAUAAAAAACAAGCAGCUGGAGGGAAUGGGAGGUUUUAACCUUUUAGAAGCUGCAUGCUGGAGACUCCUGCCUGCAGGACAACAGCUACUCAUGUGGGAGAAAGACAAGAUGCACUUAGAGCUCAUGUUUAUCCAGCCUCAGUACCAGCUGGUGAUGGAAGCAGGGGCCUUUCUAUUUAUUCCUCCCUUCAUUGACUGAUGAUAACCAACUUACCACUAGACACAGUGGCUUCAUGGCCUUAUUCAGGGUUUUAAUUAUUAUGGACUGAACAAGAAAAGACAACCUGAAGAUUGUGAGUAUCUUUACGACUAUCUUUACUAGACUGUAAGCUCAACAUUUUGCGUAAUGCCAAACUGGAUAUCUGUAGAUUAGUGAUUAAACUGUUUUCAAGGCCACUGACUUAAAAAAAAAAAAAAAAACACUGUAUGAGAAUGUAAAGUAAUUCUGUUUUGUGUCUUGUAAAGACUCAGAGCUGUGAACAAGAUGUGUGUGCUGGUGUUCUCCUACGUGGAUGACAAUCUCUUACGUAAGGUUAAAACAUUUUUUUUUAUUGCAGUGUCAACAAACAUCUCUCGGGCAAGAGCAGGCAGUGAACAUUUUGAUGCUCAGAUUACUAAGACAGUAUUGACAUAGACCUAAAUGCAAUUCUCACAACCUGUAUCUUGAUUUGUCUAGAGUGUACAUAACACACACUUGAGAAAAAUGUAUAACAUAAUGUGUUUUCUAUAGGUUAUGCUGUUUCCAACUUAUGUUUACAGUUUUGACUCCAAUAGAAUAGUGAAAUAUACAUAUUUGUGUGUUAUUUUGUGUUAUUUAAUAUCUUGAUGAAUGACCUCUGGUGGAAAUGUGAGUACUGGGCAUACAGUCCAACCCUGGACUGGAUUAUAAUUAUGUUAUGUUUACGUACAACUAAUUAGCAACAGCAAAUGUGUUGUUCUCUAUUAACAUAAUGAGAAAUUUCUGUUAAUUGAUGUAUCUGGUGAGUCACAAAAAUGUUCUACUGAACGUAUUUCAUUUGCCAAAAUGUCCAAAGUGGCAAUACAACAUACACACCCAUA